GCUCAGUUGCCCUAACCCGACAAUUGUUUAAUUGUUUAAUUCUGUCAAUCCUGUCAAGAAAUUGUUAGCCAGAUUUACUUGCAGAUUUACUUACAGCCCGUCAGAAAUUGACCUUCCUCUUGCUAUGACGUAUAUUUGAAUAUCUAAUUCUUCUUGAGUAAAAUUGGGGGAGGGUCAUCUAACUGGGAUACCGAUUGAAAAAAAUGUCGCAGCAUUCUGCUUUGGCUUCGUUAACAGCACAAUACACUGAUUCAGAAGACGAAGAAGAGAUUGAGGGAGGAGAAUCUCAAUCCUCAACAGUACAAAUUAUAAAAAAAGUUAACCCAGCUAGCUCACCCCGGACUGAACUACUGUCGCUUUCUGGAGAAUCUCAAAAACUUGUGGAAACUACAAAACCGAUUAUUUCGAAGCCAUCUACAAAGGGUGGUUUGGUCUCAUAUCAAGAUGAUUUUAUUGACGAUGACUUGGACUGCAUAAAUCCACCCGAGCCUAAUUCUGAAGGUGUAGAAGGCGACAGCGACGCGAAAACUGCUGGAAGUGAAAUCGAUAAAACAACAGAAGCUGACAAACCAUUAAACAACGGGGAUACGUCAUCAUCUAUAGAAGUUGUGGAUUUAGAAGGUGGUGAACCCCCGGUCAAGAAAUCAUUAAUACCCCCAGAGCCGCCAGGCAAAUGUACACCAGAGUUACAAGAAAAGUUUGCAAAAAUGUUGGAGAAAAAAGUCAAGGGUGGUUUGGACAUGAAUUUGGCAAUUCAAAGGAAUAAGAACUUUAGAAACCCAAGCAUUUACGAGAAACUAAUUAAAUAUUGUGAUAUUGAUGAAUUGGGAUCUAACUAUCCAUCGAACGUAUUCGAUCCUCAUGAAUGGCACGAGUCUUCUUACUACGAUGAGUUGGCGAAAGCCCAGAAAGAAUUGAUGGAGAAGAGAGAACGAGAAAGGAAGGAACGGACGAAAGUUGAAUUUGUUUCUGGUAUAGUGAAAAAACCGGCUCCUUAUGAAGCGGAGCCAAAAAGAAAGUCGAAAUGGGACCAGCGAGGAGUGAUGCCCCCUCUCCUCCUACCCACAAUAACAUACUCCCAACCUAACGUGGUCCUCCCCCCAUUUACAACCACAGCUUCUGGAACUAAAAGCACAGUUAUCAAUGCUUUUGGGAAUAUCAAUCGGAAACAAAAAUGAUCAACAUUAAGUUUAGAUAUUAUUUUUCGUUCGCUCAUUGUUAGAUUUUUUUGCGUAACCUUCAAAAUGCUGACUUUCUGUCCAUGUACGCUAUUUUAUUUUAUACAUGUACUGCCAUUCUUUAUUUUAGAAUAAAAGUGAGCUACAACCUUUUAAAA